GUACACUGACCAUUCUGCCCAACGACGUCCUGGAUGGUACGAACUUGGGAAUGAAAGCCGUCGAAGCGCUUGGAAAGCCUCAGCUGCUCUUUACGCUCGCCGAAGCAGGGGACAUCCCUAGGGCCCGAGAGAAAUUCCUUACGUGGCAAGAGCAGAACAAUAUCCAGGUGCUCAACAUUAACGGACCUCGAGAAUCAUCGGUCCCAGGAAUUUAUGAGAAGAGCAAAGCACUCUUUCUGGGCAUCUUCGUCGACGCAAGGUCAGCAACCUUUGCUGCUCACUGCAAGCAUGCUGUACAGAGCUUGUGUGAAGCAUGGCUCCUCGUGGAAAAGGAGCAUACGAAGCAGGAAGAACGCGAGCGCCAGAAGCGUGAGCGCGAGGCUAGAGAAGAGGCCGAGCGAAAGGAGCGAGAGAGGCUCCGGCGCUUGGAGGAGGAAGAGCGCGAGCGGCGCGAACUCGAAGAGCAAAUGGAAGAGGAGGAGCGCCAGCGACAGGAGGCUCGUCGCGAGGCCGCUGAGCGUGCGGCGGAGGAGGCCAAGAGGCUCUGGGACAAGCCACCCGCCGAGGCUGCUCCUGUUCCAGUGGUGGUCCCGGCUCUCAUACCAUCGGUUGCCUUGCCACCUGUACCGGCACCUGUGCCGGUGGCCGUACCGGCGCCGGCACCAAAGACGCUCUCUGCCCUCAUGCAGGCCCAAGCUGCCGGAGCCAACAUCGCUGCCUCGCUUCUGGCCGCGCAGCCGGCUAUGGCACCUGGCAUACCCGGAAUGGCAAUGGCUGGAGGAGAGGAAGCAGCUGCUGGCGACAUCACGGCUCAUGUUCAAGUACCUGCUGGCCGGGUCAAAGACUUGCUCGGCGUGCAGGGAAGGAACAUCAAGGCCCUGAAAUCUCAGACCGGCGUCGUGAAAGUUGGCGUUCUGGACCGGAAUGAUCCAGCAAACGUUGAAAUUGUUGGUGCCCCAGCGGCGGUGGAGAAGUGCAAGGGGCUUGUCAACUGUAUUGUUGAGGGCGACCUCGCCGCCAUCGGCAACAUCACCGAAAUCUUG